AAAGGUCCAAUUUUGCGAGGUAUAGUCGAAGAGUUAGCCCCUAUGACGUGCCUGGAGCUGGGCACAUACUGCGGCUACUCAGCGGUGCUGAUGGCGAGUGUCCUACCCAAACGAAGCCGCUUCAUCACCCUCGAAGCUCAAGAAGGAAGUUUAAAAGUUGCCAGGCAGUUUAUCAAACUAGCGGGAACUGAAAUAAGUGACAAGAUUACUAUUGUUGGCAAGCUGUCCGAAGACGUCAUCCCAACUCUGCGUGAAGAUUUCUUGGUGGACACCUUGGAUUUCGUCUUCAUCGACCACUGGAAGAAGCUGUACCUGAGGGACCUCAAACUCCUGGAGUCCCACGGUCUGCUGAGGAAAGGAACCGUUAUCCUAGCCGACAAUAUGAUCAUCCCAGGUGCCCCAGACUAUCUGGAAUAUGUACAAAGCUCGGACAAGUAUCAGACCGAGUUGAUUCACUCCACUCUGGAAUAUUCCGACAUGGAAGACGCUUUAGCUAAGUCAGUAUAUCAAGGUUUAAUAACCGACAAUAAUAACCGGGAAUGGGUGAAUAGGGAGACUCUCCCAUAGACUUUUACACAAAUUUUUCAAACUUAAAUGUGACCUAACCA